CUCAAAAAAACGAUAUGGUUGCAAUAAUAAUUGACAAUCAUUUGUUCCACCGACUCAAAAUUACUCCGUCCGAAUUUCAGCAAUAUACAGCAGCAAUCAAGCAAAUGUUUCCAACUGAAGAUGAGAGAGUAUAUUAUUGUCCACGACCAAAGAAAUGUAAGGCAAAUCCAAAAGGAAAGCUUUAUGCUCGAUACAAAAAUAUUUUAUCCAAAUACAAAGGAAAUCUCAGGAAUUCCGAAGAGCGAAUCCCAUCACCCUCAUCACCCAUCGUUGAAUGUGAUGAUAUUUCAGAAAUAAUUAUGGAAAGCGUGCAAUGGCUUCAUCAAAAUUCCGAGCCAUGGGAUGAUGUUGUCUGCAAAUGGAAGAUCACGUCCAGUUGGAGAAUUCAGGAAUUCAAAAGAGAUUCGGACGCAUCUCUUGAAUCAUUUUUGAAUAAAUGGCCUAUAUGCAAGAAUCCAGAGGGCUUCAAUUUGAUGAUGAUAGAUUUUGAGACUGAAAACCCAAACGUCGCCGUCGGUGAGAGUACAUCCUUUGAAACCAGUUUUACUCGAAUUGUCAACAGAGUACUGUUCAUAAUGACAACUGAUAUAAAAGAUAAACCCAGUAAGCAAUUGUUGAAAAAGAUAUAUGAUCCUCUUACAACAGAAGACUCAAUAGAUUGUAUCCUGGUUCUCCUAUUGAACGCUUUGAUUCUCCCAGACCGUGAGGAUGGCAACAAGAAGCCAACUAUAAAAGAUGCUCAAAGGGACAUGAUCCUUCACGUCAAGACCGAAAAUCAGGUUUCAGGAGCUGUCGAGGAAGUGAGGAAGCGACAUGAGCAGCCAAUAAUUGUUGUAAUUGGCUCAGAAAUUACGAACCUCACUAAGUUUCAAGUCCACUUCAAAGAGAUUUCAUAUGAAAUCCCAAAAUUCGCAACGUGCGUGGAAGUUAUUCUCAAAAUAAGCCUUUUCUUUCGGAUUAAGUACCCCUACAGAUGCAAACACGCUUGGGAAAUUCUUCAGGGAUAUUUCAUUCGCACUUCAAACGAAGUGCACAAUCCAAAAGUCCAAGAUAUAUUGAAUAGAAUCAAUUAAAAUAUGGAUUUUAAGUGUUGCAUCUGUCAAAAGAUUGUGAAGGGAGAGGCCCUGUUCCUUAAUCAUUUGAGAAAAACGCACCGUACACCAACCAAUUAUGACUAUAAAUGCAUGGCAGAAAACUGCCAUCAAGUGUUCACGAACUUUUAUGUUUUUAGAACACAUAUUAAAAAGCAUAAAAAAGACAACAUUUCUCACCAAUCCAUGACAGAGAGUUCCGAAAAUUUUGGCGAAAUACUUAACCAUUUUGAACAAAACUCUAACGUGAAUUUUCCUAACUCUAUUCAGCCAAUUCAACUUAAGAGCCCACAUCUCGAAGCAAGUAGAAGCGACCAAAAUUCUCAUUUAAAAUUUAUGUUAGCUUUGCAUUCUGCACCUAAUUUCACACGAAAAAACGUUCUAAAUAUUCAAGAGGAAAUUGUACAAAAUAUUGUUCAACCAAUAGCACACGAUUUGAAAUAUUUUAUGUCAUACAUAAAUAUGGAAAAACAAGCAGAGUUUCAAGAAUAUAUUGACAAAGUUGAGGGAACAUUUGCAAAUAUUAAUACUGAACACAAACUUUUAAAAACCCUUGAGAAAAUGUCUUUUUAUAAAGAACCUAAAAAGUUUCAAGUCCUGUUCGAUGAAAGUGGUUCCAAUGAAAGUAUCGACAUGAUUCAAGGUUGCCUUCAUGAUAUAAAUUUUCAAUUAAAAAGAUAUUUUGAAUCUGGGAAUAAUCUUGAACUCACUUUAAGUAAUGUAGAAGAAUUGUUAAAAUCUAAUAAUCAUAGUCAUUUCAUAAAUUCAAAUUAUUGGAAAAGGGUAAUGAAUGCUUAUGCCAAUAAGAUAGUUUUCCCGAUAUUUCUUUACACAGAUGGAUUUGAAGUAAAUAACAACCAGGGUCCUCACAGUGAAUCUAUUUAUGGGAUAUACUAUAGUAUUCCAGUUAUACCAAAUCACUUACUAUCAUCACUUAAAUCAAUUUUUGUAGCCGGUUUUUUCAAAGCUAAAGAUAUUACGAAAUUUGGUGCGAAUGUUUGUCUUCGAGAUCUUGUAAGAGAAUUAAUAAAACUUGAAUCGGAAGGAGUUGAAGUUGAAACCAAAAAUGGAAAAAUGAGAAUUUAUUUUGCACUUGGGCAAAUAGUUGGUGACAAUCUUGCCAUAAAAGAAAUUCUUGGAUUUUCAAAAUCUUUUAAUGCUCAUCUUUUUUGCAGAUUUUGUCUUAUGACCAAAGACACCUCACAAAAAGCAAUAGUUGUUGAUACACGAGAAAUAAGAAACCGGGAAAAUUAUCAAGAAUGUCUUAAAAUGAGUAGUGCAGAAUCAGGCUUAAAAGUAAAUUCAAUUUUUAACAAUUUGAGUCACUAUCAUGUCACAGAUAAUAUGUCGUCAGAUAUAAUGCAUGACCUCUAUCUCGGGGUCUGUAAAUAUGAUCUGGGACAUAUCCUACGAUAUUUCAUUUAUGAAAAACGUUAUUUUACCAUAAAUCAAUUAAAUGAUCGUAAACAGAAUUUCCCUUAUGGUAAGCAUUUUUCAAAUAAUAAAAGUCCUGAUAUUAAAAAAGAUCAUAUUUUAACGAAUAAAUUCAAAAUGAAUGCCGCAGAAAUGAAAACAUUUAUGAAUUUUAUUUUAUUCAUGAUAGGAGAUUUUGUUAAAAUGUCUGAUCCUGUCUAUAAAUUUCUAAUCGUUUUGGUAUAGAAAUUCUCGAUAUUGUUAUUCUCAAUGAAUUUUCUGACUUAAUACUUGAGCGGCUUGAAAAUUUAAUUCAAUUGCACAACAAACAAUAUGUAAAACUUUUUAAAGAUUCUCUGAAACCAAAACACCACAACCUCAUCCAUUAUGUCGAAAUGAUAAGAAAUUCUGGACCUCUAAGACACUUGUGGUGUUUUCGUUUCGAAAGUAGGCAUCUUGACUUGAAAAAAUAUUCCCAGAAUGUUACUUCUCGUAUUAAUAUUUGCUACACACUUUCUGUCAAAACCGGAUUAAUGUUUUCCAAAGCAUUAAUUAACAAUGAAUUCUUUACUGAUGAAAUGACAUAUAAAGUAAAUGAGGAAAUUAGUCCAUCCAAUUUGGUCUAUUACAAUGUUUUGCCUGAUGAGCUUAAACUUUUAAAUAAAAUUAAUUUAAUUCAAGAAUUGAAUUACAAAAACUUCAAAUAUUCUAAAAAUGAAUUCAUUGCAGAAGACAAUACAUUGUUUAAAAUAUACGACAUAAUAGUCGAGAAAAAAGAGGCGUAUUUAGUAGUAGCUAAAGUAAAAACGACAUUUGUAAAAAAAUUUUUGUCAUACAAAAUUCUUGAGGAAUCAGAAGAUUUUAAUGUGAUUAGACCGAAGAAACUACUGGCUGUAACCCCUAUAAUUAAAAAUAACCUAACAUAUGUUAGAAUAAAUGAAUUUUGAAACCAAUGAAAAAAA